ACCGAUUACAUGCCAAUCUACAACAAUAUCCACAAAUAUUCUACGCAUUUUACUUCGAAUACACGUUAUUACACAGCAGAAAACGGAUGGAUAUUAAAAUAACAAACGAUCAUGUGUUAGGAACCAAGUUGUACUCGAGAUUGAGAGACAUGCAGUUAUCACCCCCACAUAAUCAUUCAAGUAUACGAUAUUUGUUUAGAGAAACGAUGGAUGAUUUAGUUCUUCAAAUACUAAAUUCUGCUAAAUUAUUUAACGGCUGUACAGAUGAACGCGAACAGCUGAAAAAAAACAUUAUGGAAAAGCUUGCUAUUGAAACCGAAGUAUUAUCUGAACAUAGCACAGUGUGGGAUUUGGUUUAUUGGCAUAAUGAAUACAGCAGUCGUCCCGAUCGCCUGAUAAAAACGUUGAAUGAAUACAUGUUGUUAUGGAGAAGUGACGAGCAGCAUCGUUCUGAAUCCUACCAGCUAGUGACGCCUGCUGUAGGUAGUCUAAUUAGUCGUCGUCGACCAAAUGAUGAUGAGGACAAUGACGUACCAGUCGAUGCUUCAGAACCUGUUCGACGAUUUGUCGAAUCACUCUUCAUCACUCAUACGGAAGCCAAAUUGAAUACUUUCGGUCAACUUCUUCAUGAAGAUGACGAUAAUAAUGAUGACACUGAUGAUAAUAUCGAUCGGAUGUCAUCUGAAGCCAUCAUAGCUGAUCGUGGUGAAUGGUGUCGGAAUGUUAUUCAUCGAUCAUCCCCGAUGACGGAUGCUAGUAGUAGGAGACAACCGUCAAGAUUCACAUUAUCUUUUGCUCAAACAACAACAACAACUGCCACCUACCUCUACGACUAA